AGUGUUUAGUACAGACAUCCAGGGCAGGGACUGUGGAGACGAGGCGUCUAGCUGGCUGACCCGCUACCUGGGGGCAGGUAAAACCUAUCGCCUGGUGCACUUUGAACCCCACAUGACACACAGGAGAUCAGCGGAUUGCGAGGCUCUCUUUCCUCGCAAUGAAAAGAUAGUGUACAAUGACCUUGGCCCUAUCAUGCUGCUGUCUGAAGCCUCUGUGAAGGACCUGAGCAGCAGACUGGAGAAGGAGGUCACCGUGGCACGGUUCCGACCCAGCAUCGUGGUCAGUGAUUGUGAUGCUUUUGACGAGGAUUCUUGGGAAGAUAUUCAGAUUGGCAAUGUGCGGCUGCACCGUGUGAUGGCGUGUGGGAGGUAA